AUGAUAGGAGGAAGUUUUGCAACGGGGACAAUCGAUAUAGGAGGAUUACAAGUGUGUCAGGUGUCUUCGUUCAACAAAAUAUGGGCGACCCACGAAGGUGGACCAAAUAACAUCGGUGCAACGUUCUAUGAACCAUCUCCGAUACCCGAAGGUUACUUCAUGCUUGGUCACUAUAGCCAAUGUAACAAUAAGCCUCUAUUCGGAUGGGUUCUAGCUGCUAAGCCCAAUGCAAAUGACCCCUCAUUGCUUGCCAUGCCCACCAAUUACACCCUCGUUUGGAGUAGCGAAUCUCAAAAGAUCAAACAAGACGACAUCGGCUACAUUUGGCUCCCAGUGGCUUCUGAUGGCUACAGAGCCAUUGGCUAUGUCGUCACGACCUCACCCGAAAAGCCGUCUGUAGAAAGAAUACGAUGUGUUCAAUCUGAUCUUACCGAAGUUAUUGAAUUCGAUAGGUGGAUUUGGGGGUUAAAAGAUGAGAUUGACCCCAACGCUUUGAACGUGUAUGGGUCAAGGCCUAAAGAAAGGGGUGUUCGAGCCAUGGGUAUUUCAACCGGUUCGUUUCUAGUCCAAGGCAGUGGUGGUUCUGCUGACAUGUCAUUACUUUAUUGUUUGAAAAAUACUAAAAAUACCCUUUCGGCUAUGCCCAAUUUGUCCCAAAUUGAGGCUUUGAUUCAAGCUUAUUCGCCAAUAAUUUAUUUUCAUCCUGACGAAAAAUAUCUUCCUUCUUCGGUUAAUUGGUAUUUCAAAAAUGGUGCGUUAUUGUAUCAAAAAGGGCUAGAAACUAGAUCUAGCUCGGUCGAACCAGAUGGUUCAAACCUUCCUCAAGGGGGUUCAAACGAUGGCUCGUAUUGGCUAGACCUGCCCAUCGAUAAUUCAGCUAAAGAGCAAGUCAAAAAAGGUGACUUAGACAAUGCUAAUGCUUAUUUCCACGUAAAGCCCAUGUUUGGCGCGACAUUUACUGACAUAGCCGUAUGGGUAUUUUACCCGUUCAACGGGCCGGCAAGGGUAAAAUUGGAAUUUAUCAACGUUUCACUAGGUAAAAUCGGGGAACACGUUGGUGAUUGGGAGCAUUUGACGUUACGAGUUAGUAAUUUUGACGGUAGUUUAAAAAGCGUCUAUUUUUCAGAACACAGUCGGGGCAUGUUGGUUGAUGCUUCCGAGCUCGAGUACGGAACCGGAAAUAAACCGGUGGCCUACGCUUCUUUAAACAGUCACGCGUUCUACGCCAAACCGGGACUUGUGAUACAAGGGAGUGGCAGGAACGGGAUACGAAACGAUACGGCUAAAGGGAAGGCAGUGAUGGACACCGGAGUGAGGGCGGCGGUGGUCGCGGCAGACCAUUUAAGUACGGUUGUGGCGGAGCCACCAUGGUUGAACUACAAUUAUAAUUGGGGUCCGAAGAUCAGUUAUGAAAUUGUAAAGGAGAUAGAGAAAGUGAAGAGGGUUUUGCCAGAGAGACUCAAAGAAGCAUUUGAGAAAGUUGUAAGGGGGAUUCCAAAUGAGGUUUUAGGGCAAGAAGGUCCUUCGGGUCCUAAAAUGAAAAAUAAUUGGAAUGGGGAUGAGAAAUAUUAAAUAAAUUCCAAGAAAUAUAUCGUCUGUCAAGUGUUCGAUAAAAUGCCGUAAACAACUAACGAUAUAUUUUGGACUAUAUCACACAGGGGUAGACUCAUUAUGGUGCAUGUGGCGGCAUGAAGCACUGUUUCGUCCCUUCGUCGUAGUGUAAAAAAAUUUAA